AUGCCUCCCAAGAAAGGUUUUCGUAAAUCUUUACCUGCACGGAUCCAUAAUUCUACUUUAUCUCCCUCUCGUCGAUCACCAAGAGCCCCGGCACCGAGCAAACCUACAAAUCAACCGCCUCCAUCGGGCAAAACUAUCGACUUCACCACUGCCUCCUCCCCUUCCGAUACUUCAUACAAUCCUUACCUCUAUAUUUCCAAACCACCUUCCCCUACAGCUACUGCAAAUGGGAAACUACAGAAUUCUCCGUCGGAGACUCCUGUGAAACGUCGUCACCAUUUCCCGGCUCGACCGUCUCGACUAUCGAAUGUUUACACCCCGGCUAAAGAAACACAACAAUCAUUAUUAACCCCGGGAAGUCGGACCACCCGAAGAACAGCAGCACUUGGAACUCCAAAGAACCAAACGUCCGAUCAGGAAUUUCCCGAAAGUCUCGACACUACGGACUGGGGGAUGGAUCAAUACACGGGGGACGGGUUCGCGUAUGACAACUCAACUAGCGAUGCAUCCCCCACGAGCGCAUCUUCUGCUACUCGUCUAUCUGCGCGAUCUCGUAAACUGACAACGCGGGCUAUCGAGGCUCUCGACUCGAAGAAGAAACCCCGAAAGAAGAGAACCGCGCCUGCCCCGACAUCUAUGGAGGGCCCACCUAUGGAGCAGGCCGAUAUUGAUAUUGGUGCGAUGAAAAUCAAGAGCAAACGGAUGAAAGGAAAGCGAGCGAGCAAAAUCUUCAAACAGCUGAAACAGAACAAACCCUCUCCCCUGAAGAUCAAGCUCACUGCGGACCAAGCCGGACAAAAGCUGUACGAGAUCGUUGUGGUUGCUUUUGACACCGAUUUCGCACUACCGUCGGACCCGGUGCAAUUCAUCGCAAAUGCGAGAAAGCAAUUCGAGCAGCCCGCGCUGGUGAAAUCCUCCGAGGAAGAGCCUGUCAUGUCUGCUACUGCCUCCACCCCGAGCGACCCCGCGGCUGCAGAGGCAACAGUCGGGAAUGCGGGGACUUCCAACGUGGAGAAGACCCACGUCAAUACCAUCAGCGUCAUCAACGAUCAAACAAACGGUGAUAUCCCAGACGAAGACGAAAGUGACAAAUAUGCCAACGGUGAUGGCGAAACUAAUGCUGAACCCAAUGGCGAACUCACCCCCGAGGCACCAGCAAUCCCCUCAAUGAAAGACUUCAAGAAGAUGGAAGAGCCCCAGCUAGAUGCCAGUGGAUGGACGCGGACUGGCUACGUGAAUGACAAUGGCGAGGAAAUCCUUCUGACACCACCGGGCCAAACCGCAUACCGUGCACCGCACACCUAUGGGGACACGAAUCUGCCCUUGCCACCGGUGAUUUCUCGCUCGCAGCAACAAAUCGAGAUCGAAGAUAAUCUCGGAUUCCCCCCGCUCAUCGGCGACCGCAAUAUUCCCUUCUGCUCUCCAUCCGGGUUCUCAACGGAAGACGUUACUGAGGAGAAAGCCCGGGCCCAGGCACAUAAGAGGAAGCGCUCCCUAGCCGAGCUGGAGAAGGUACCGAGAAAGAAAAAGCGAGAGUCGGCAAAAGUAACAGAGCCAAGUACUACGACAGAAGAAAAGCCAAAGAUCCAGCGACUGAAACUGAAGCUUAAUCCUCCAACGGAGGCAGACAGACAGGCUGGUGCGGUGAUCGCCUCCGCUGCGGGUGUCACUUUGACUCAGCGUGGAACACCGGGUCGAGGUCGUGGUCGAGGUCGUGGCGGCUCUGGAACGCCGCGUGGUAAGGGAACUACCCGUGGUGCUUCUCGUGGUAGAAGUACGCCCCGAGGUUCUACUCGUGGUGCUCUUCGUGGGACUCCUCGUGGUGGAGCUUCCCGGGGCGGCUCUUCUCGUGCUAGCACCCCUCGCAUUCGGGGACGCGGCCGUGGACGUGGAAAACAAAAUUAA